GAUUUUGUUCUAUCAUCUGUGUUCGUCAUAUUGAAAGCUAUUUCUUGAUCGUGUAACGUCUGAGUUAGUAGGAUGAAAUGUGAUUUUAAAGACAAAUCGAUUAAGAUCAUCGACUAAGAAUUUGUUUUUUUUUCUGCAAAAUUGUUUUAUAUAGUAAAUGCAUAGUCUCUGGAAAAUUAUUAGAUUGUUUAUUUAUUACCAUGUCAACGACUCAUAGGCAGCGCUAUAAAAACACGCCCUUGGAUUCGACGGAGAUGCGUCGACGGCGUGAAGAAGAAGGUGUCCAGAUUCGUAAACAGAAACGAGAACAGCAAUUAAUUAAAAGGCGUAAUGUUUCGGAAGUACAACAAUCUGAAAUUGAGGGCGGAAGCCAAGAAGUUGAAAUGCAGAGUGGUGCACAUCAAUACAAUGUAGAAUUGCAACUUCCCAAAAUACUGUGUGAACAAAGUCUUGGAAUUGUUGAUAUUGUAAUUAAACAGGAAUUAAUAGACCAAAUACAUAGUGAAAAUGAAGCCGAUCAACUCGAUGCUACGCAGAAAUUCCGCAAGCUAUUGUCUCGUGAUCCAAACCCGCCGAUAGAGGAAGUUAUACAAAAGGGGAUAGUUCCCCGUUUAGUAUAUUUUCUGGGGAAUAAUUCAAAUGCCUCUUUACAAGUAAAAUCCAAAGCAUUUGAAGCUGCAUGGGCGUUGACUAAUAUUGCUUCAGGAACAUCUAAUCAAACUAAAAUUGUGGUAGAAGAAGGUGCUGUGCCUGUUUUCAUAAACCUUUUAUUAAGUCUCCAUGAUGAUGUUCAGGAACAGGCUGUCUGGGCUUUAGGAAAUAUAUCGGGAGAUUCGCCAAGUUGCCGUGAUCAUUUACUUAAUUUGGGAAUUCUUCAACCACUAUUGCAUGUGCUGAGUACUUCAAACCGCUUGACUUUGAUAAGGAAUGCUGUAUGGACCCUAUCAAAUUUAUGCCGUGGUAAAAAUCCUCCAGCGGAUUUUUCUAAAAUUGUAAGUGGUCUACCAAUCUUAGCCCGACUUCUAAAUCAUACAGAUCCGGAUAUAUUAAGUGACGCUUGUUGGGCUAUAAGCUACUUGUCUGAUGGGCCUAACGAUAAAGUGCAAGCAGUUAUAGAUGCAGGAGUUUGCCGUCGCCUAGUAGAACUCCUUAUGCAUCCGCAGAACAAAGUUGUUACAGCCGCACUUCGAGCCGUUGGAAAUAUAGUAACGGGAGAUGAUGUCCAGACUCAAGUCAUAUUAAACUGCAAUGCACUAUUGUGCAUAAAUGAUUUAUUGAACUCUCAAUGCGAAACUAUUAAAAAAGAGGCGUGUUGGACUAUUUCUAACAUUGCGGCUGGAAAUAGACAACAAAUUCAGGCGGUGAUUGAUGCUAAUAUUUUUCCUGUACUUAUAACUAUUAUGCAAAGUGCUGAUUUUAAAACUAAAAAGGAGUCUGCAUGGGCAAUCGCAAAUGCCACCAGUAGCGGAACAGCCGAACAGAUUAGAUAUUUGGUUCAUGUGGGCUGCAUAGCACCUAUGUGUGACUUCCUGACCGUGGUGGAUUCCGAUAUCGUUCAAGUGGCUUUAAAUGCACUAGAAAAUAUUUUGAAGGCUGGCGAAAAAUUUGCUGCUCGUCCAAAUCCAUACGCCAUAGCAAUAGAAGAGUGUGGAGGUUUAGACAAAAUUGAGUAUUUGCAAUCUCACGAAAAUCGCGACAUUUAUUGCAAAUCAUUUUACAUAAUUGAACAAUAUUUUAACAACGAAGAAGAAGACUCCCGUGUAGCUCCAACAGAGGAAGAAAUGCAUUACACAUUUAAUCCAAACAUUGCAACUCCGAAAGGCGGAUUUUUAUUUUAACUCAAAGGAUGGUUUCCUUCUUUUGGUAUAAAGCGAAUAUAAUGCAUCUGUAGACAAUUUAUAUUUCCUACAAAGCACAUAUAUUUUGUUAUUGUAAAAUUAAAGAUUUAAAUUUUUUUCUGAAAAAAGUUCAAACAAAUACCAAGAAUGAUAGAAAUAUAGAUUACGACAAAUUCGUACGGUUAAUUGUUUUGAGUUUUUCAGAAAUACACUGAUUAGUGAUGUCAUAAACGGAGGGAAACGUUACGUGAUGCAAUCUUGUCUAUCAUUCUUGAAUAAAUAUAUUUUUACAUACAUUCAUGUAUAGAUAUGUAUUUUAAAAAUUUGAUUGUAAUGACAAAUUCUCCGACAAUUUUGUUUAAAAUUAUUUUCUUUAUAAUUCUUGCAAUAAAAAGUGGAUAUUAAAGCAUAGCGUUCUGCUAA